CCUUCGGUCCAAACUUCAAAAUAGGAAAGCAAGGAGAGAAGAGAAGGGAUUGGGGUUGGUUGGUUGAUUGGUCGUUUUGUUUGUUUUGUAAUGUUGAUAUCUUGUUGGUUCGUGCUUUCGUUAAAGUUAAAAGUUGAAUUUCGAUUCAUCUGAUUCUGAUCUAAUCAAUGAGAUCAAAAUUGGGGUUUGAUUGCGAUUGCAAUUCCACUUGCAGGGAUUUCUCUUUGUUGUUUAUUACUAUUAAGGUAAGGUUUCUUUCUUCUGUUGAAAUGAUCUGUAGUAAUUAUACUUCUUCCUAUGAAUCUCAUUGCUUAAUCCUGAUUAUACGUUUCCCGAAAUGCAAUUAGCGUCGAAUGGCGACAUCGAAGCAUGUUCAGAAAGCGAACCCAUCUUGAAUCACCACCAUCUUCAUUUGCAACCACCUGGAGAAUCCUCCUUGUCCUGUGAAAUUAUUCCUAUUGCUCCAAACCAUGAUGAUGUCGACCAUGAUUUACCAAGUAUUCGGGUUGAUGAGAUUUGUCAUCUCGUAAAUGCAGAUCAGCCACAAUGCCGAAUAUGCCUCGAUAUUGGAGGAGAAGAUUUAAUUGCACCAUGCCAUUGCAAAGGUACGCAAAAGUACGUUCACAGAUCAUGUCUUGAUAAUUGGAGAUCCACCAAGGAGGGCUUCGCCUUUUCUCACUGUACAGAGUGCAGAGCUGUCUUCAUAUUACGUGCAAAUGUCCCACCAGAUCGGUGGUGGUUGAGAUUAAAAUUUCAGUUCCUUGUUGCUAGGGAUCAUGCAUUCAUUUUCAUAAUUGUUCAACUGGUUGUUGCUUUCUUGGGAGUGCUUGUGUACAAAUUUUAUGGAGAUGAACUGAGGGAAAUGUUUGGUUAUGAAGAACAUCCAUAUGGAUUUUAUACAAUGGCUGUUCUAGCCAUUGUUUUGGUGGGAUUGCUCUAUGGCUUUUUCAUAGCGAUAAUAUGUGGCCAAAGAAUUAAUGAACGCCACUAUCAUGUUCUUGCCAAACAAGAAUUGACUAAGGAAUAUGUGGUAGAAGAUCGAGAACAUGUAAAGAAUGUGCCUGAACUUGAUCCUAGUCACGUGACAGAGCUAAGGAUGUUGGGCCUUUACUAGUUGGCUUGUCUCCAUGGUUCCUUCCACAUUUGUAGAUCACACUGGUCGGUUUAGAGUGAUCACCCACUAAUAUGGCUGUUUGGGCAGUGCGCAGCCACGUGGGUGUCGUUUGUGUCCAAUACCAUGUACUCUAUUUUGAUUCUUUAUUUUUAAUUAAUGCUUUUACAGCAAACUUAUGAAAGAAAUAUGCUAUACUUCAGCUAGAAAAUUUGUGAAUCAAUGUUGUUUGGUGGAAUGUAAAGGAAAAAAAGUGCAGAUCCUAUAAACCUGUAGCUGUUACAUGGCUAUGUUUGUACUUGUAACUUAUAAGUCCCUGAUGUAACCCACAAUUCACCCUUAUUUUGCCUGUUUUUUUCUCAAUUUUAUACAAAAUAUUAUUAAUCCAAUUUAGAUUUUUCCUUUCCAA